AUGACCCAAACUCUGUUCAUCAGCAAGCACCCUAUUGUGGCUACCAAGGUAUCUCAGUUGAGAGAUGUCUCUCAGUCUCCCAAGCAAGUCCGCCAAUUGGUCAAUGAGCUCUCAAACCUUUUGGGAUAUGAAGCCUCGGCCAAUCUUGCUACUGUUAGCAAGAAGAGUCUCAUGAGCCCUUAUGAAGCUUAUGAAAGCACUGAUUUGAAAGAGCGAAUCGCCUUGGUCCCUGUUUUGAGAUCAGGUCUUGGUCUUGUUGAUGGUUUCCUUGAACUCUUCCCUGAGGCUCCUGUGUUCCAUUUGGGUCUUUUCCGUGAAAAGGUGUCACUUCAACCUGUUGAGUACUAUAACAAGCUGCCUCAUAACCCCAAUGUGGACAUCUGUUUUGUUCUGGACCCUAUCAUUGCCACCGGAAACACUGCAGUUGCCACCAUCAACAUUCUCAAGGAAUGUGGAAUUCCAGGCUCACAUAUCAGAUUUGUGAGCAUUCUGGCUUCUCAGCAAGGUGUCACACAGUUACAGAAGGUUCACCCAGAUGUCACUCUUCACCUUGGGGCUGUAGAUGAAACACUCGAUGCACAUGGCUAUAUUCGCCCUGGUGUUGGAGAUGCCGGUGACCGAUUGUUCAGCACAGCACUUUAAGCAGUUCCUUAUUUCUUCCAAACACAUUUUCCUCUUUAUCCUAUUAUUUUUUUUGUGUACACACUCCUUUAGAGACUCUGUGCUUUAGCUUACAGUCAAAUUGAUUAAUAAAAAAAAUCAU